AUGGCAGAAACCCAUCAAGUAUGGAGACAAAUCCUCAAAACUACCUCGUAUUGGGAUCAAGAGAAAGCGUUUGCCGAUGACGUCGCCGCCGUGUGGCCACCCAGAUCUUACUCCUGCACCUUCUGUAUGAGACAGUUUCGUUCAGCUCAAGCCUUAGGUGGCCACAUGAAUGUCCAUCGAAGAGACCGUGCCAAGCUUCAAAACCAUCCUAACCGUCGUCCAUUCUUCAUCAAACCAACUCCCACCUUUGAUCUUCUCACUCACCAUUUUUCUCCCAAAAACAAUAACUCUCCUCCUUUCUCUCUCAAAAAACCUAAACUUGCUUCUUCUUCUUCUUCUUCUUCUUCUUCUAAUUCUGAGCUCCACCUUGACCUCGAGCUCAAACUAUAA